AUGGCCGAGGAGGAGCUGCAGGUCAUCAAGAUCGGCGUCUCAGACGUCAUCUUCGUGGGCCUCCAUCCGCCGCUCGGUACUUAUGUGGCGAUGUUUGUGCCGAAAUUCAAUAUCGUUACCUCGGACACCGUUCACUUCGAACGGCAAGGAUCUGAUUUGACGGACUUCAUGGACGACGAUGGGCAAGGAUCUGGAGUAACGGCAUUUACCCAGGCCUGCAACGCCUGCUGCUUCAGCGAUCGAUCCUUUGGACGUCGUCUUGUCUUUUACGGUCGGUGUCCUCUUCAUCUGCACUGCAGUAGCAUGUGUCAACCACUAUGUUGUUGCACAAUGUCCAGCGCGACAGUGUCGGCAACAUCGCCUCCUGCGUCUCGUCGGGGCACAUCGUCCAUCUCUAGCCCUUCCAGAUGA